ACUAUCGCUUUAAGAUGAGUAGGUUUGUUAAUUUAAUAGCACAAAUAUUGUCAUUUAAAUAAAAUAUUUAUGCCAAAGCAGAGAUUUAUGAACAUAAUGUGUUUGUGCAAUAAAUACAGUGAUUAAUUUGUUACCACAGUUACCACAAAAUCAGUUUGGAUUUAAUUUUUAAUUUAAUUUUAACUUCUAGAAUUGAAAUUAUUAUACAUUAAUUCUCAGUUCAAAUAAAAGGUUUAAUGUCAUACUGAGCAUUAGUCAUUUAAUUUCUGCUGUACAUCGUACCUCAAGUUAAUAAUGUACCCACACGUCUGACUGUUAACAUAACGUUUUGUCUUUAUUUUAUCUGUAAGUGUGUUCUCUCUGACUGGCGCUGAAUGCGUUCCUACAUCUAUCUUUGUUUCAUUUAUCAUUUCAGCUGAAGCCUACACACUCCGAAAUCUCUUAACUGGCUUCUUGCUGAGAUAUACUCAUGAUAACUUCUUCCUCCAUUGUCGUCACUCUUAGAAUGGAUUUCAAUGUCAUGCUGCAGAAAAUUCUGAGCUAUAAAUGAUAGACAUGAGGGUGUCAGUUUUGGUUUAUUGUUGUUUAUUAAUCAGAUUUCUUUUGUAGUUUCAUGCAUCUCCAGUACAAGACAAGCUUUGCGAUUAGGAGUUGUCUGUGUGUCGAGGAAGGGUAGGAUGUGUCCGUGUCCGUGUGUGUGUGUGUGUGUGUGUGUGUGUGUGUGUGCCAUUGGCCCGUCCCCUCCUGGUCCUCCUAUAAGAGCACACCGGAGUAAGAACGUCAGUAGCUCUUUAGAGAGACCAGACCUUGAAAAAAAAGACAUGCCAUCAGACGGAAUGCCUACCUGUCAUGCCAGACGCCUUCAGAUGCGUAGAGAAUUCCUAAAGCAGGUGCCCAGCUGGCGAAGUGUGUGUGUCCUCUAUUCCCUGUACUGCAUCCUGAUCCUGCCAGAUGCCGGCGAGGCUGCCAAACCACGCUGUGGACGAGAACUAGUUGCUGACCUGGAGUUUGUGUGUGGAGACCGUGGCUUUUACAGAGGCAAACCUGGAGCAGCCCGUAGCGGCGGCCCCCGCUCUCGUGGGAAAGGGAUCGUAGAGCAGUGUUGUGUGCGUGCAUGUGACCUCCAGCAUUUGGAGUCGUAUUGUGCCAAACCCAAGAGGCUGCGGCGUGACGUCCCUGCAUCUCUGCAGCAGACUCCGGAAGAUCAGUUUUGGCUGGUGUUUCAGCGGCGAUACCAGAAGCAUGCAGAGAUGAACAGAGAUGCGGACGCUGCUUCUCAAAGACUCAGAGAGCGGACGCUUUACCGGAGGAACUCCAGAGAUUCAGUUUUACUAACCAACCAACCCUCCUCAACACUACAGCAACCUUCCACUGAGAGAAUGCCAUCAGGACCAACAUUUCUCCCCCACAUCCGAUAGUCCUGGCUCCUUUUGGAUCUGUGUGGACACUAUGAAUCACCUUCCUUCACUUAAAAAAAAAAAAAACUUUUCUGUCCUGGCAGAUAUAUAAACUGAGCACCAUGUAAGAGAAACUAGAGGACAAGAUGCCAAAGCCACUCAUGCCAUAAAAUAGUGAAGAGCAGGGUGUACCUGAAUGGUCACGGGCUGUACUAGCGUCAUUAAGAAUAUGCUGAAUACAAGAUGAAUUGUAUUUUUCCAUUCAGUUUUGUUUUCAGCUACCCUCUGUCUUUGGGUAAACAAGUUCAAAGCAAGUUAAAGUUGAAUGUGUUUGUAUGAUGGCUGAGGUAAGUCAUUUUGAAUGUAAAUGUGACGUUUUUUAAUGAAAGAUUGCUGAUGUUAGUGAAUCUAUUUUCUUAUGUUUUUUAUGUUUAAUUUAUGUUCUAUAAGAUUAGUGUUUUCUGGUACUUGUAAAAUAUGUAUCUAAAGCAGAGUUGUAAAGAAUUUUACAUAAAAGAAAACUGUGAGGA